AUGGACGUGUUUUCAAAUUCAUUCAUUUAUUUUUGUUUUUCCACCAAACACAAAACAUGCAGUGCGCUUGGUAUAUUAACAAAAUGAGGUGAUAUUUGCUAACAAUAGUUUGUGCAGUACAUCAUUAAUUAUUUAAACGUGAAAUUUUGUGAAGUGUUCUACAUAAUUUUAUUGACAUUAACACAAGUUAGGAAGUUUCUAGAGCUUUUCAAUAAUAUGGGUGACGACCAGAGAACACUUUGGUGUGGAAAUUUGGCUGAUAAGGUUACAGAAGCUAUAUUAUACGAGUUAUUUUUGCAGGCCGGACCUUUACAGCGAGUCACGAUACCCACGGACAGAGACGGCCGGCAGAGGUCGUACGCUUUCAUCACGUUCAAGCACGAGUGCUCGGUGCUGUACGCGCUGUCGCUGUUCGAGGACACCAAGCUGUUCAACAGGGUGCUGUCACUGAGCGCGAAGAGCGGCAGGGCGGCAGAGGGCCUGGACAGAGGCCCCAGCGGCCGCCGCGCUGAGGCCCCCGUGCCCCUCGUGGCCCCGUGGGCGAGAGACGCGCCCCCCAAGGACGUGCCGCUUGACUUCAACGCGCUGCUGCAGCUGGGGCAGCAGAUGAUGCUGCCGGCGAUGAGCUUCAACAUGCCGUUCCAGCAGAUGCCUGGCCUGGCGAGCCUGCCCGUGUACGCCAGCCAGAUGGGCGGCCAGAGCUACCUGGGCGGGGCCGUGGGCCCCAAGGGCCACCACGGGUACCAACACGCGCGCAGCCACCCGUACUCCGCCCCCGCCCACGACGGCUACCGCAACAACGGCAAGAACUACCGGCACGGGGUCCGCCAUUGAUCGUAACUGACGCGCGUGGUCGGGAUGUUUUAACUGUGUUGUGUCCGCUACCGGAACGCAGUCUCCGAGUUCUUAGAUUUGUUAUUUGUAUAUGUUUUGCAGGUACAUUUGUUACCUGGGUCAUUUUUUAUGUAUGCCAUGUGUUGAUAAUUGUACAAAUGGUAGCUGUAGAGAUUACAGCGAAACAAAUAGAGUUUCCGCCGUGCCAACUUCUAAGCUGGGUGUCUGCAAAUGCUUCUGCUGCUGAUACUGCAGUACUGUGUGGAAGUACACCCUGACUGCUCAGCGCUGGGUGAAUGUUGCAACUUGAUGCUCACAUGAGUGGAUCUUUUAUCGGUUUUGUAUUUGCCUCAUAUAUGAGUACAGUUUGUAGACGGACAUUUUUAUUGAGAUUUUAAUAUUACUUGAAACAGCAGUGUUCAGCCUAGUAGCUCAGAUUCAUUCUAAAUCUUGUUGUGAGUACAUAAACAAGCAAUCAUGUUAAGAAAUUUGUUUUAUAUUGGUGCAAAAUUGUUUUGCAUCACACAGUUUGUUUGAAACAGUAAAUUUCUUUCCUUUUUUUAAAAAAAAAUGAGAUAUCUGAUGGAGAUACAAAAAAAAUAUGUACAACAUAAAAUAUAAAUGAUUUAAAUCAGACUGUUGAUGGUCAUUAUGGAUGCUGAUAAUAUACCUAUUUUUAUUACCUAUAUGUAAUAGGCAACACACUUUGUAUGUAAAUAGAAUUUUUUUUUUUAUCUUAAAUAUUAUCAAAGUCAUUAAAACUUGUAUGGUUUACAGUUAAAAAAAGAAGGCGGUAAAACAAUAGCAGACACAUGGUAGAUGCUCACGAGAAUCAAACCGAUCUGACGACUCACUCGCCCUCUCUCGUCGCAUGUUGUCGAUAGAAGUGGGUCAACCAUUUAGUUUCCAAAUGAGUAUACAUUUUCCUUUUUACAAAUUUUGACAUUUUGGCAGUUCAAAAAUGAGAGUGAGUUAAAUAUUUGCAUUUAUGAAGUUACCUGUGGUUUAAUUUAAAACUGCUUUUAUCAUAAAUAAAAAAAACUAUCCAAUACACAUUAUUUUUGCAAAUCUUUUUUAUUUUGUCAACAUAGACUUACUGAAUAUUUCACAUGAAUUUAAAAAAAAACUUAUACUUUUUAAUAAUUUUUUAUUGGCUUUUUGUCCAAUACUUUUGUGCUUGUCUGUUUUACUCAGCUGUCCCAUGAUCACGCAUGAUUAAACCAGAGGUGAUUGAGUAAAAGAUUGACUUUAAUUAAUCUAAAUAUCAUACACUGGUAAACUUUGUGGGAUUAGGAACAGAGAAAAAAAUUUCCUCUAAUUUAGUUAAACUGUUAAGAUUUUCGAAAGUACUUUUUUGGGUUAAAAUGUAAUAUCUGAUUGUGGUUGAGUAUUUAUUAAAUAAAAUUAAGACUCGUGGACCAUAAUUGAUUAUUUAUCUAAAAAUAAUUUCAAGGACAGUUUUAGUACAGAAUUUUCUGUCUCUUAUUUAAAGUUUGUGAUUGAUUAAAUUGAAUGCUUAACCUUAAGAAAGUUUUAUUUUAGGUAUUGUUGCUUUAAGGAAAUCGUAAUUGUAUAAAAUUCUCCGUGGCAUUUACUUAGGCCCUACAACAAUAAAAAUGCAGUAAAACUGUUAGUAUAUUUUGUUUUCAUUUGUAAAUGCUUUCCAUAUUUUUUUACUAGGUAACCAUCUGCAUGUAAUAAAUAAUAUUGGGUCGUUAUUUGUGUAAGUUAGAUGUGAGAACAGUUUAGGAGCCUGCGAAGAACGCGACAAAGUCUGAGUAGCUGUCAGAGCGAUGCCAGCAAGUGGUAGCAGCACAGUGAGGUUAGAGGACUAGGCACAUCUGCUCUCAUGUUGCUGGACUUAGUUGCAAAGGUGAAACUGCACUAUAUGACUACAACUAGUUUCUUUGUGUGACCCUCCAUCAGAAAGAAGAUAAUGGUUGGGUGUUAGUUUUUCAUGGGUGUUUUGAUUACUCUCGGGAAGAUGACUGAAUACGGUCUCAGUAGUUGGCAUUCAAAUAGCCACGGUUCAAGGAUCUAAAUAAACUGAAGAUAACCAAGUGAACCAUUUUGUUCAAGAUGUUAUUCAUAGGUAGUAAUACUGGUCUUUUUAGUAUUUUAAGUAGGUCUUUCAUUAAAAAAUGUGUAGCACUCUUGACUAACCCAAUUUUUUUUUUUGUUUACAGAUUUUUGAUAACUUUGUAAAUUUGUCUUUACUGGAAAAUUGUCUCUCCUUACAUUGCAGAAAUGACUGUGGGUGCUUUUGCAGACUAUCAGUUUAAGAAUUUUACAGCUGCGACAAACCUAGUUGUUUGAUGUUGUUUUGUUAAUGUAAAAAAUGUUAUUAAAACCAAGAUAGUAUUUUAGGCCUAUUUUUGAUAUCAAAUACAAACACAGUUACAAAUUGAUCUCAGGAAUUCAUAUUUACGCAUAUACUUGUAUGAAUUGUGAAUAGUAUAGUUAGGUACCAGUUUAGACAAAUUACCUUUAAAAUCCUUGAUGCUUAGAGUAUAGUCUUAAAUACAAAUUCUAUUGGGCAAUGUAUCGCUGUAUAGUGUAAUUAUAGUUCAGCUCUUGUGUGGUGGUUUUUGGUUUUAGCAUAAACUAUUGUAAAAGUAAUUUAAUAAUCAAGUGGACCAAAUGCAUGUAUGUGUGUGUGUUCAUGUACAAAAUAGUAUCACUAAACUAUUGAGGACAGUAUUGGAAUGCUUAAAUAAUUGCACAUGAUGUAACAAUUUACACCCACCAUCUUUGCUGCAAUAUCGAUGACGUUGAACAUGUUGGAGCUAAUGUCUGAACUUUUAAAUACUGAUUUACGAGUAUUGAACAACAAUCAAAUCAUUUCGAUUUACCUUAUCGUUAUGUUUAAGUCUCAGGAGUCUGUCAUAAAAUAUGUGACAUGUAAAUACACUAGACGGAGAAAGAGGAUGUUGGAGAUCCUACGAGGAUACCAAAUUUACUCGCGACCAAGCAUACACGGGAGAUGGGCUUCCGUUCCUUGGCACAAGUGGCUACGUGGUUUAGCACGUUUAAACGUUUAAAAUGAUGUGCACUGAGAGAUUAUUCACUGGUCCAGUGACGACUAUGAAAUGUUACCUGAAUUAUGAAUGGCCAUUCCAUAGAAACAGUGACUCUGUGCCACUGGAGAUGCCCUCAUGCAGAGUGAAAAUAUUGGCCUCCCAACACUACCGAGAGAUGCUGUUCUCUCCAAGCUUUCAACCAAUAAGAGCUUUCCUUCCUCUAGGUGUGACAUUCUCCACCAAUCAGAUAGGAAUCAACGCCAUACACAACUGCACAUGGAAAUUUAGAUUGGCCAAAAAAAUAUCGACCCUGCAACCAUUCUCAUCUGUGGGUAGUUCCGUGAACCCCUGUGCUUGCAUGUUGGAAGAGAUACGGACUCUGCAAGCUCCAUAACUAAAAUUGUACACAAUAAUAAUUAAAAUAAAGUAAAAUUUAAAAAAAAAAAUAGAAAAUAUAUAUUGUUUGGUACAUAAUUAACUACUUAAAAAAACCUGAACACGUUAUAACUGAUUUAAGACAUUUUUCCUGAAACAAAAUAAAAAUUGAACUCAAAAAACAUAAUAACUUAAAUUAAAACAUAACAUAAAUCAAUGCAAAUGAACAUCAAACCGUGCCUGUGCCAUCUCCAAAGAAAGUUAGCUGGUAACAAUCUGCUUAAUAGGCCCUUCCACUUAAUAUAUGCAGUUAUUGAGCAUAACAGUGUCCAUCUGUCAGGAAAAUACCAUAGACAUUUGAGUUAAAUCAGUAGCCAGGUAAUUUUAACUGAAGUAUUACCAGUCAAGUCAUAGGGUCCAACGGGGACAGACAAAAUCAUUGAUUUCUUGACAAAAGAUAUGUCUUGCUAUCAGUUUGUAAAAUGCCUAAAUCUUCAUCCCUUGUGUACUUGGCAUUAAGUAUCUCGCAUGUUAAAACGUUGUGUUAUAAGGCUCAUGAUGUGAACCGAAAAGCACCUAACGUAAACGCACGUGAUGUGAGUACAUAAGCAUCCUAAAUGUCAACUCGUCGACACAUUCUCUCACAGGCGCAACGCAAGUACGUUAAGUCCGCAAUGUAAAUGAUAGAAAAUAAAGUCUAUAAAUUUUUUAACAUUUACAUUAGAUAAAUAAGUUUUGUUGCCUCAUACGUGUUGCAACUCGUGAGUGGCUGAAAUGUAAGUAAUUGGGUGGCCAGUCCAAAAUGUUUUUUUAUUAAAUAUCUGUUUACUGA